AUGGCCGACGCAACUCGGAUCGAGGAAGAAUUACCCGAUCCAGGACGAGGAUGUCCACCUACGCCAACGACUAGCCCCGAUCCAGAUCGGUACCGGAGCGGCGAUGCUGAGGGCAGCGGGAUACAUGAGAGCAUGCCGGACCAGGCCACCGAUCGGACGGGCACCAAUGAUUUCGAGCCGAAAACGGAAAAUCAAACCCAGAUCCGACUCGAUCAAGGCCAGAUCAAACUCGAUCCCGAUGCAAAACUCCCGAUCUGUCCUACUGAGGGCGUCGAACAACGAGAUCCGCCGGCAGAAGGACCCGCAGCGACCACCUCACAGGAUGCCGAGGAGAAGGAGGUGGAGAUAUACUACCAUGACAGCGGCGAUCUCUCAGCGGAAGAUCUGGAAGGAAACCUGGCCGUCCUCCCCAAAAUCCCGAUCUCGACGACCGCGAAGGUCAGCAUCGAAGAUCUGCAAGUGGGAGACUCUAGAUCUGCCACCCCCGAGGAGAUCGAGAGGCUUCGGCAGAUAAUCUGGAACAAACAACAUCUUCUUUCUGAAAGGGAACGCCUUACCCCCGGCGGCCAAGGGCGUCGCCUGAUCAAGGGCCUCCUAACAGCUGAGAUCAUCCGACCCUCGACAUCGCCAUGGGCCUCACCGAUCGUGAUUGUUCACAUGGCCAGCGGUUUCUGGGUCGUGCCCAUGACGGAUCGGGCUCGCGAGAUCUCACCAUUCAUCACUCCGUUUGGACUAUUCGAAUGGAGUCGCAUGCCUUUUGGUCUUAAGAAUGCCCCGCAGAUUUAUCAGCGCCUUGUAGACAACGCGUUGUAUGGAUUCUUGAAGAUCUCACGAUCCGGCGACGCUGGGGCUACAACGGACGGGUUCCAGACCGGGAUCGCGGACGAUCCUGGUCGCGAGUCGGUGUUGGGUCGGAAAUCAUACACCGACGACAUCAUGAUCGCAGCGAAAUCAUGGGAUCAACUGUGCCGAAGAGUGGAGAAUCUGUUGGAGGCGAAUCCGAAGGAUCUGAAAUCUCUGACCGAUCUGCCAUUCCCCGGAUCGCUUCGAUCCAUGCAGUCGUUCCUGGGGAGUCUGAACUAUUACAGCCGAUUUAUUGAGGACUACGCUAUAUACGCCUUAGUUCUAUAUGAGCUACGCGAGGUGGAAUUUGCAGAACUGGAGAAACGAUCGGAUCUGAGGGAGAUCUUGGACCGGAAUGACCCGAUCCCUCGAGAUCAUGACCCACCGGAACGGAAGUUGACGGGACCAUUGGACGAGAGGUGGAUCAGGGCACAUAGGGCCUUCAUUGUCCUGAAAACCAAGAUCGCGACGACCCCAGUCCUCCGCCACUUCGACGAGACGAGAACGCCGGUAGUUAUCAUAUACGCUAGUGAUUGGGCGAUAUCCGCUUCGUUGACGCAAGAACACGACGGGAUCUAUCAUCCGGUGGCGUUCGCCAGUCGCACCUUGAAGACGAACGAGUUGAAUUACAAUGUGACUGAGAAGGAGGUGUUAGCACUGCUGAGGAUCUUGGAUCUCUAUUACAAUCUGCUAGUAGGACGCGAGAUCCGGGUCCUGACGAGGCAUUCCACGUUGGCCUUGCUGUUCAAGUCGACGGGGCUACAGGGUCGCCUGGGCAAUGGCACCGAUACCCACGGUAGAUCGAGACGAGAAAUUAUGGGUGAUCAACUUGACGGAUCCGCCCGAGUUAAGUGCGGUGGGGGAGCGUUCAGUGCGAUCGUGUGGAGUCUGCCCGGAUGGGAGGUGGUCAAGGCCAGAUCAGGCUAUCUCGAGAGCCUCACCGUGAACGAAGCCGAAUAUAACGGCCUGAUCCUGGAGCUCGACAUGCUGGAGAGCUUAGAUCGCAGACGUCUGGUGGUCUGCGGGGAUUCUAACCUGGUGAUCGGACAAGUACAAGGUGAGAUCGACUGCAAAGCACCCGGACUGACGCUAUUGAAACGGAAAGCCCUCGAUCGCUUGAGGAAAUGGAGUGAUCAUGAGCUGGUUCACGUCAAGAGAUACUGGAACGGAAGUGCCGACAGUCUAGCAAGCACCGCUUUGCAACGACAAAGGGGGAUCGAGGUCCAGGAGGGCCCCGGGUACCAGGAUCUGGUUACCCUGAACCGGUUAGGCGAAAUCCUGAUCCCCAAAACCGAGAAUCCGGUGAUCACGCAGGCCCAAGAGGAAGAAGUCUGGAUCGCCGGCAUGAAGAAGUAUCUGAGUGGCUCAAUCGCAGAUCUCACACAAGCGGAAGCAAGAUCGUAUGGCAAGAUCUCGGCCGACUAUGAG